AUGCAUCCUUCAAUCUACCACUUACUCGCCUUUCCCCCCCGCCCUACUUCCAUCUCCCGCACAACUUUCGGCCCAACACAUUCUCUUCUUCACACUCUCCCUGCUGCUCAUCCAUUCAUACCAAGCAUGCGUGCUCAGGCUUCAGGGAAAGGGUCAACUUGGGUCAACUUUUUCUUAUUGUCGUCAAGGCGAACCUUCAAGCAGCAGUUGGCCAAACAUGAACCAACCUUAUCUCCUUCGGUUAGGCAGGCAUUUACGUUCGAGAAAGGGCAUAGUUGGUGCCAAGUUGGUGCAAGUGUUUCCGAAGAGGCAUAUUAUACGAGGGUCGAAUUUCACGUGCUAAACCGGAACGAAUUCCAAGAGUCGAUCUUGACGCUUGUCGUGGAUGCACUGCUCGGCUGUCCUGUUGGAUCAGAUCAGCUGGUACAACCAGAAAAAUGGCUUCUGUGCUCGUCAGGCUACCGGCUAUGGAGCAUAAUCCACCGUUUGGCCGGACAAUUCCAGCAAGACUGCAAUUCAAACCGAUCUGGCCGCCAAAGAGGAAAAGUGAAAAGAUCCUCUCGAGUCAUUUGGUCAGUUGGAGAGUGUACCACAUCGCCAAGUGAUGCUGUGACCCGUCAAGACGCAUAUUGCCUCAGGCGGCAAGACAGUUCAAUUCCAGUCCCUACAGACGAUAGAACGAUGGAAACAACACAAUGCAUUGGUUUGUUGCCCGAACAAUACGUGUACUGUAUGAAUUUCAAAUAG